CGGUCUAUCUGGGCAGCGGGACGAACAGACGUGACGUCACGGAGACCGGGCUCCCGCCAAUGAUUUAACGGUCACAGCGCGAGCGGGAGAGAGAAGGCGGGAAAGUGACGGUUUCUAAUAGGAGACUGGGGAAUCUCGCUGAUCCCGGGGGCCAGCGAAGGAAGCGGGUUCGUCAUGGAUCUGCAAGAUCAGAUUAUGGAAGAGGCCAAGGAGCUGGCUCGACGUUCAUUGCUGUACCAAAGUCACCUGCCUCCACCUCUCGUCAAUGCCAAGUCCCUCUCGGACACGGCUGAGGAGGAAGUGCUGGAGGAGUGCAACGAGGCCUGGAGGGAGCUGGGAGAGUUCCAGAAUAAACUCACCCUUGCCGAUAUCAGGGAGGUGGUCCAGGAUUCGGAAAAUCCGCUGGCUGUGCUGUUCGCUCGGGAAAGAGCUCUCCAGGCAGAGCUGAGUGUCCAAAAGAACAGAACCCCAAAACCUCUGCUGGCCAAUCAUGAGGUGCUGACCUGUUUGGGGAAGCAAGAGUUACAGAAUACCGACAAACAACUGGAGAUGAUCCUCUCUUGCAUUAGAACAAGGAAGAAAUCCUUACAGGAGGAGUUGGCAAGGGAGCAGAAGUGGCUCGAAGAGCAGUUGGAGUUGGAGAAGACUGUGCAAGAGAAGUUUGACCAUCAGCAGCAGAAUCUCCUUGCUAUCUCCAAGAACAGCGAGAUCCAAAAGCUGAAAAGCCGCUUGGAGAAGGUGACUAAUCAGAAAGACGAGCUCCUGUCUGCUCUGGGAAAAUUCUUGGAUGUGCAUUACCCUCCCCCCAGUGAGAAAGACAUCCGGCCAAAGACGUCGAGAUCGGCUGCUGAGAGAUAUAAAGGCUCGGCCAACUUCAUCACGCUGCAUGAGAUUCUUGAGCUACUCAUUACCAAGGCUAUGAAGAGCCCCCAUGAUCCCUACCUGGAGCUGGAUGAUACUUUCUGGCCGCCCUUCCUCGAAGCCCUGCUGCGUUAUGGGGUGGUCCUACGCCACCCCGACGACCCCCACCGAAUCCGCCUGGAGGAAUUCAACCAGUAGCAGGUGAUGUGGGGGUGGCCCUUGGCCACAUCGUGAACCCCCUCACCCCUUCCCACCGGCAAUGGACCAACUUUGCCAUCUCCCCACCCUGCUCCUCUCCUCCUGCCUGGCAGGACGCAGGACUGGCUUCUGUAAACAAAGGAGUUAUGGAAUGGGGGGUGGGGGGGAGCCCAUUCUCCCCCCACCUCCCCACCUCAUGUAUCUCUGCGGAUGCUGGACAGUUUGUGUGCGCACGUUUCUGUUACUUACUGCGCUCCCUGGGAGCCCCUGAUGUGAGCUGCUCCGUCUGGUUGUUCCCCACCCAUAUGUACAUGCGACGUGUGGACCAUAUCGUUGCAGAGUGAGCAAGCAGCGGGAAUAGAUGCGCACAUCCCCCCCCCCUUCCACCUCCUGGGGUCCAUGGCCCAACAGUUAUAAACAAGACAACAGCAAAAUGCCUCACCAAUGGAGAUGAAGUGGACGCAGAGCUUGACACCAUUGUAUAAAGGGACGGUAGGCAGUGGAAGACUUGCAGCUGUAUGUUCCCCAGCUCCACUGUCCUGUGCUCUGGAAUGUUCCGAGAUGCAGUUGUUGGACCCUACUCUCCUCCCCGGCCCUGUGCAGCCAGGGACACUGAUUCACACACUCAGUGUGCCACAUCCUGAUGACUCUGCAGUGACUUUGCAGAGUUCCUCCUGAUGUAUUGUUCAUUAAAGCUCUUGUAACUUGA